AUGCCACGUUCGACAAUUUUAGACAUAUUUCCUUGCUUUUUGAAAAAAAUCGAUUUUGACACAUAUUUUUACCAAAGAUAUAAUUGUAUAAGCAAUAACUAUAUCUAUCUAUCUACGUUCAUAUCUAUCUAUCUAUCUAUCUAUCUAUCUAUCUAUCUAUCUGUGGGUACACACACCGACGAAAAGACAGAGUUUGAAUUGUCUAUUCUUUUCUCUCUCUCGCAGAGGAGGAAACAAGAUAUUUUCUUUUCAGCAAUGAUUUUUCCUUUCUUUCUUUCUUUCUUUCUUUCUUUCUUUCUUUCUUUCUUCUUCUUAUUAUUAGUAGUAAUAGUUUUUAUUGCAUCCUUUCUUUUAUUUUUUGUUUCAAUCCAUAUUCUUCUUUCUUUCUUUCUUUCUUUCUUUCUUUCUUUCUUUCUUUCUUUCUUUCUUUCUUAUUCUUACCGAAUCCCACUCACCCACUGUCUCUCUCUCUCUCUCUCUCUGUCUCCGCAUUCUGCUUCUUCAAUCACAAGCUGGCCUUACAACCUCAGCUAA